UAGAAUCCAAGAAACAAUCGUAUACUCUACCAAAUCUAGAACCCCUCGGUAGUAUUAAAAGGAAGGACGAGCAAGAAAAAAAAUAUGGCUGCUUUACAAGAUAUUCCUUCAUCUAAGAGGUGGCUUCCUCUUGAAGCUAACCCUGAUGUUAUGAACCAGUUCCUUUGGGGUCUUGGUCUUCCAGAGGAUGAGGCAGAGUGCUUUGAUGUUUAUGGCUUGGAUCCAGAACUCUUGGAAAUGGUUCCAAAGCCUGUACUUGCAGUUCUGUUUCUUUAUCCUAUAACAUCACAGAGUGAAGAAGAGAGACUUCUGCAGGCAAAUGAAAAGAAGGAAACUAGCAGUAAAGUGUAUUUUAUGAAACAAACUGUGGGUAAUGCUUGUGGAACAAUUGGACUUCUUCAUGCUGUUGGGAACAUCACAUCCGAGAUUAAGCUUAUUGAGGGGUCAUUCAUGGAUAGAUUUUUUAAAACCACUGCAACAAUGGAUCAGUUGGAGCGCGCAGCAUUUCUAGAGAAUGACACAGAAAUGGAAGUUGCACAUUUAGUAGCUGCUACUGCUGGUGAAACAGAGGCUUCAGAUAAUGCAGACGCUCAUUUCAUCUGCUUUGCAUGUGUUGAUGGUGAACUUUUUGAGCUUGAUGGAAGAAAAUCUAGACCAAUAUCUCAUGGCCCAUCCUCACGUAGCAGUUUGGUACAGGUUUUCUUAAAAGUUUCAAAAAUAUUCAAGAAACUCUUGCAUCCAAUGCAUGUAAGUUUUUCAGUGAGUACCCAUCUUACCUGCCAACUUUAGCUAGUUCGUAUCAUGCUGGACUCCAAAAAGACAUUUCAACCUUGUAGGGUUCCUUUUGUUUUCAUUUUGUUGAAGCAGACCCACUGCAAAAUAAUUAAAAAAGCAAAAUUUCUGGGUUGAACUUAUUUUUAUUUGAUCUAAUUCAUUACAUUAUGUUCAAGUUUUUCCAACUAGAAUGUAUAGACCACAAUCGAUAUAUAUAUAUAUAUAAACACACAUAUGUAAAAUAAAUAACUUCAAACGAGAAUUCUCAUCAAAAAAGAAUUAUGAUGUUUGUUUACGUUGAUUAAUAUUUAUUUUAUGUUCUAUAAUCUAUUCAUUUUAAUAUUUAUGUGAAAUUCUAUUCUAUAUACUUCAUAAGCCUAUGAACAUUCCAGCAUACUUUUAAAUAUAAAAUUAAGUUUAAGAAAAAAGAAAGAAAAUGAUAUGCAGUCACGUUUUUAAAUUCGUGGUUUCUGAGAAUAUAUCAGAAAAUAUUUCUGAUUCAUGACAGGAUGCAGCUAAAGUCAUGCAGAACAUAAUCC